UGGAGAUCCUGGAGAAAUUGUUAAAAUUGUUCCAGGAAAUUCUGAAAACAUCUUCGUCCACAAAAAGUACAAUUCGAAAACUUUAGUUAAUGAUGUUUCCAUGAUACGAUUACCUGAUCCAGUGACUUUAUCCGAUUACAUCAAGCCGGCAAGUUUGCCAAAGUAUACAGGUAAUACACCAACGUACAGUGGAAAAACUGGAACAAUUUCUGGAUGGGGUCGUGUCAGUGAUAGUAGUUCUGGAAUUUCUCCAACCCUACAAUGGGCCGAUGUUCCAAUAAUCUCAAACAGUGCAUGUGCAAACUAUUAUGGAAGUCGGCCAUCGUCACAAAUUUGUAUUAGCACUAAAGGAAGUCACAAAGCAACAUGUAGUGGUGAUUCGGGUGGACCACUUGUUCUUAAAGGAACUGAUACUUUGGUUGGUGUUACUUCAUAUGGAUCAAGUUAUGGCUGUGAAGUUGGUCAUCCUUCUGGAUUUUCACGUGUCACUUCAUAUUUGAGUUGGAUUAAGGAAAUUUCUGGUUAACUGAAAGCUCACGAGACCAGUUCGUUAUUUUAAAAUCAAAAAUGAAGUUCCUCAUCGCGAUCGCGUUGCUAGCUUGCACAGUUUCUGGUCAUUCUGAUUGGGAAGAUAU